AACGUAUAAUUCAAAUAACCUCUCUAGCUUCUCUGUUUUGGAUGAGUGAUAAAGCUACACAGCAAUUCAGGCUCCUGAAACGCCAUUCUAUCAAUUUGGUCUCUCGCUGGCAGUCGGCAGAGACAAAAAUGCAAAAAAAGGAAAAAGUAUAUAAAAGAAAGAGGAAAAUUAAGAAGAAAAAGAAGAAGCUUUCUUAUUCUGGAGCUCUGCAUUUGGAUUGAUCGAUUGAUUGAUAGAAGAAAAUAAAAGUAAAAGUAGAAAUAAGAUGUCUGAAGAAGAGAAACUGUUGAAGGAGGCAAAGAAAUUGCCAUGGGAAGAUCGGUUGUUGCAUAAGAAUUGGAAGGUGAGGAACGAGGCUAACAUCGACUUAGCUUCUCUCUGCGGUUCCAUCACGGAUCCGAAGGACUCGAGGCUCCGCGAAAUAGCUCCGUUUUUCAGAAAAACGGUGGCGGAUUCGAAUGCGCCGGUGCAGGAGAAGGCGUUGGAUGCUUUGAUUGCGUUCUUAAAAGCAGCCGACGCUGAUGCCGGAAGGUAUGCGAAGGAAGUAUGUGAUACCAUCGUGGCAAAAUGUCUCACCGGGAGGCCUAAGACGGUUGAGAAGGCUCAGGCGGCGUUUAUGCUCUGGGUAGAAUUGGAGGCUGUUGAUGUUUUCCUAGAUUCAAUGGAGAAGGCCAUAAAGAAUAAAGUGGCCAAAGCAGUGGUGCCUGCAAUUGAUGUCAUGUUUCAAGCGCUAAGUGAAUUUGGAGCCAAAAUUGUCCCUCCUAAAAGAAUUCUGAAGAUGCUCCCUGAACUUUUUGACCACCAAGAUCAAAAUGUCCGUGCAUCCUCCAAAGGACUGACUCUUGAGCUUUGUCGUUGGAUUGGAAAGGAUCCUGUCAAGUCAAUAUUGUUUGAGAAGAUGCGUGACACAAUGAAAAAAGAGCUUGAGGCUGAGCUUGUGAAUGUAAUGGGGACUGCCAAGCCAUCACGGAAGAUAAGAUCUGAGCAAGACAAGGAGCCAGAACUUGAAGCUGUUUCUCAUUCUGGCCCUGGCCCUGUUGAAGAAUCUGUAGCUGAUACUCCUCAGGAAAUAGAUGAAUAUGAGCUUGUUGAUCCUGUUGAUAUAUUAAUUCCUCUGGAGAAGUCUUGCUUUUGGAAUGGAGUGAAAGCUACCAAGUGGUCAGAAAGAAAGGAGGCUGUUGCUGAACUUACCAAGCUUGCAUCAACAAAGAAGAUAGCACCUGGUGAUUUUACAGAAGUUUGUCGGACAUUGAAGAAGCUUGUUACAGAUGUAAACAUGGCUGUUGCAGUUGAAGCCAUCCAAGCUAUUGGGAAUCUUGCUCGGGGUUUGCGGACUCAUUUUUCUGGUAGUUCACGCUUUUUGUUGCCAAUUUUACUUGAAAAAUUAAAAGAGAAAAAACCUGCUUUGACUGAGUCACUCACACAAACUCUUCAAGCAAUGCACAAAGCAGGGUGCUUAAAUCUGGUGGACAUUGUGGAAGAUAUUAAAACUGGAGCUAAAAACAAAGUUCCACUUGUGCGUUCAUUAACUUUGAACUGGGUGGCAUUCUGUAUCGAAACAAGUAACAAGGCUGUUGUUCUGAAGGUGCAUAAGGAUUAUGUCCCAAUCUGCAUGGAGUGUCUUAAUGAUGGGACCCCAGACGUGAGAGAUGCAGCCUUUUCAGCAUUGACAGCUAUAGCUAAGUCUGUCGGUAUGAGGCCAUUAGAGAGGUCACUUGAGAAACUCGAUGAUGUUAGAAAAAAGAAGCUCUCUGAAAUGAUUGCCGGAUCUGGUGCUGCUGUGUCUGGUGGUACUAGCUCAGCUUCUUUUCGAAAUUCAGGUGGUGGUGUGUCUUCUAAAGAGUCUAUGCAGUUUUCUGAAGGUUCAUUUGUUAGGAAAUCAGCAGCAAGCAUGCUUAGUGGGAAGAGGCCUGUUUCUGCAGCACCUGCCAACAAGAAAGGGUCCUCAGUGAAGUCAGGCACCAACAAAAAGGUAGAUGCAGCUGGACGGGUGGAAACAGGGAAAUUGACUGAACCACCUGAGGACACUGAGCCAGCGGAAAUGACUCUUGAAGAGAUUGAAAGCAGAUUAGGUUCCCUCAUACAGGCAGAUAUCAUUUCUCAACUGAAGAGUGCUUUAUGGAAAGAGCGUCUUGAAGCCAUAUCAUCACUAAAACAACAGGUUGAAGGUCUCCAGGACCUUGAUCAGUCUGUGGAGAUUUUUAUUCGUUUGCUUUGUGCUAUUCCUGGUUGGAAUGAGAAAAAUAUUCAGGUCCAGCAACAAGUUAUUGAAGUUGUCACUUAUCUGGCCUCUAGUGCAACAAAAUUUCCAAAGAAAUGUGUUGUGCUUUGCCUUCUUGGUAUAAGUGAAAGAGUGGCAGAUAUCAAGACUCGUGCUCAUGCCAUGAAAUGCCUCACCACUUUAUCUGAGGCAGUUGGUCCAGGAUUUAUUUUUGAAAGGCUUUAUAAAAUCAUGAAAGAGCACAAGAAUCCCAAGGUUCUUAGUGAGGGUUUAUUGUGGAUGGUCUCAGCUGUUGAGGACUUUGGUGUAUCACAUCUGAAAUUGAAGGAUCUAAUUGAUUUCUGUAAAGAUACUGGACUGCAGUCCAGUGCUGCAGCCACCCGAAAUGCUACAAUUAAGGUUUUGGGUGCUUUACAUAAGUUUAUCGGUCCAGAUAUCAAGGGGUUUCUUACGGAUGUCAAACCUGCAUUGCUUAGUGCACUUGAUGCUGAAUAUGAAAAAAAUCCAUUUGAGGGUAUUUCUGCCGCACCAAAGAAAACCGUCAGGGCGUCAGAAUCAACAUCUUUAUCUGUUGGUGGACUCGAUAGUCUCCCACGUGAAGAUAUUAGUGGAAAGAUCACUCCUACCUUGUUAAGGAGCUUGGAAAGUCCUGAUUGGAAGGUUCGUUUAGAGUCUAUUGAAGCUGUCAAUAAAAUUUUGGAAGAGGCUAACAAGCGCAUUCAACCAACCGGAAUUGGAGAACUAUUUGGUGCUCUAAGGGGGCGGCUUUAUGAUAGCAACAAAAAUUUGGUUAUGGCCACUUUGAUUACCAUUGGUGGCGUUGCAUCUGCGGUGGGUCCAGCUGUCGAGAAGGCAAGCAAGGGAAUUCUAUUGGAUAUUUUGAAAUGCCUUGGUGACAAUAAGAAGCAUAUGAGAGAGAGCACUUUGUCUACUUUAGAUGCUUGGAAUGCAGCCGUUCAUUUUGAUAAAAUGGUUCCUUACAUCACUUCAGCACUAAUAGAUGCUAAGCUUGGGGCGGAAGGACGUAAAGAUCUUUUUGAUUGGUCAUCUAGGCAACUUUCUGGACUUAGUGAAUUUUCUGAUGCUGUGCAUCUGCUCAAACCUGCUGCCAUUGCCAUGAUGGAUAAAUCAUCUGAUGUUCGCAAAGCGGCAGAGGGAUGCAUUGGUGAAAUUUUAAGAGUUAGUGGACAGGAAAUAAUUGACAAGAAUCUUAAAGAUAUACGAGGGCCAGCUUUAGCUCUUAUCCUUGAGCGGGUAAAACCUUAUGGGUCUUUCCAAGAAUCAAUUGAAUCAUCCAAAGGAGUUUCUAUUGGACUAGCAUCAAAAACCAACGCAAAGAAUGCAAAAUCUAAUGCCAAUGGUGUCACAAAGCAUGGAAAUAGAACUGUAACUUCAAGAGCCAUACCAACAAAGGGGUUGAGACUAGAAACCAUGUUGUCUGUUCAAGAUAUAGCUGCUCAGUCCCAGUCUUUGUUGAACGUUAAGGAUUCAAAUAAGGAGGAAAGGGAGAGAAUGGUGGUUCGAAAGGUUAAGUUUGAAGAGCCGCGAAUUGAACAGAUCCAAGAUCUUGAGAAUGAUAUGAUGAAGUAUUUUAGAGAGGAUCUACAUAGGCGCUUAUUGAGCACAGAUUUCAAGAAGCAAGUUGAUGGUCUUGAGAUGUUACAGAAGGCACUCCCUUCCAUUCGAAGAGAAAUAAUUGAAGUUCUGGACAUACUUUUGAGGUGGUUUGUUUUACAGUUCUGUAAAUCUAACACGACAUGCCUGUUGAAGGUGCUGGAGUUUCUUCCUGAACUUUUUGACUCAUUGAAGGGUGAGGCAUAUGCUUUGACGGAGUCAGAAGCUGCCAUAUUUCUUCCAUGCUUGAUGGAGAAGGUGGGACAUAACAUUGAAAAAGUUAGAGAAAAAAUGCGGGACCUGACAAAACAAAUAGUUCAAAUGUAUUCGGUCACAAAAAGUUACCCUUACAUUUUGGAGGGUCUUCGUUCUAAAAACAACCGAACUCGGAUAGAGUGUGUCGAUCUUGUUGGUUUCUUGAUUGAUCAUCAUGGAGCUGAGAUAAGUGGACAAUUGAAAUCAUUGCAAAUUGUUGCAAGCUUGACAGCAGAACGAGAUGGUGAAAUUAGGAAAGCCGCCCUAAAUACACUAGCUACUGGCUAUAAGAUUAUUGUUCUGGAUUCCUCCUAUUCUUCUUGCUUCUGCGUUGUGAUUGUUGAGAUGCUUUUCAUUUGUCAAGGUGAGGAUAUAUGGAGAUACGUAGGGAAGCUGACAGAUGCUCAAAAGGGCAUGCUAGAUGAUAGAUUUAAGAGGAAGAUCCGUGAGAUGGAAAAAACGCGGGAAGGGCGGCCUGGUGAAGCAAAAGCUGCUCUAAGGCGUUCUGUAAGGGAAAAUGGGCCUGAUGUAGCAGAGCAGAGUGGUGAAGUUUCACAAUCUGUUUCUGGGUCAAUAUUUUCAAGGAAAAGCUAUGGGCAACCUGACCUUAACAUGGAGAGGCAUUUAAUUCCUCAUGUACUUGUUGGUGUCAGUGGCCCCACAAACUGGAAUGAAGCUCUGGAUAUUAUUUCUUUUGGUUCCCUUGAGCAGUCUGUUGAAGGAAUGAAAGUUGUCUGCCAUGAGUUAACACAGGCCACCAAAGACCCAGAAGGCAGUUGGAUAGAUGAACAAGUGAAGGAUGCAGAUAGACUAGUUUCAUGCUUGGCAAAUAAGGUAGCCACAACUUUUGACGUCAGUUUGACUGGAGCAUCGUCAAGAUCUUGCAAAUAUGUUCUAAACACGCUUAUGCAGAUAUUUCAAAAUAAGAGACUUGCACAUGCUAUCAAGGAAAACACACUUGACAAUCUUAUUACAGAACUUCUACUAUGGCUUUUGGAUGAAAGGGUUCCCCAUAUGGAUGAUGGCAGCCAACUUCUAAAAGCUUUGAAUGUCUUGAUGCUUAAAAUCCUGGAUAAUGCUGAUCGAACCUCAUCCUUUGUUGUCCUUAUUAAUCUCUUGCGUCCUUUAGAUCCGUCAAAAUGGCCUUCACCUGCAACAAAUGAAACUUUUGCUGCUAGAAAUCAGAAGUUCUCUGAUCUGGUUGUCAAAUGCCUUAUUAAACUCACAAAGGUUCUUCAAAGCACCAUCUAUGAUGUUGAUCUUGACCGCAUCCUGCUAGGUAUUCAUGUCUACCUGCAAGAAUUGGGGAUGGAAGAAAUCCGGAGAAGAGCUGGAGCUGAUGAUAAACCAUUGCGAAUGGUAAAAACUGUUCUACAUGAACUUGUCAAGCUUCGAGGGGCUGCAAUAAAGGGUCAUCUAUCUUUGGUGCCCAUAGACAUGAAGCCUCAACCAAUUAUUCUUGCCUAUAUUGAUCUCAAUCUUGAGGUAACUUUGGCUGCGGCAAGAAUGUUGACAUCAACUGGCCCUGGUCAAACUCAUUGGGGUGAUUCCGGAGCCAACAAUCCUGCAACUGUCACGAAUUCUGCUGAUGCCCAGUUGAAACAAGAACUUGCGGCAAUAUUCAAGAAAAUUGGUGACAAGCAAACAUGCACUAUUGGUCUCUACGAACUUUAUCGCAUCACUCAGCUAUAUCCCAAGGUUGAUAUAUUUGCUCAGCUCCAAAAUGCUAGUGAGGCGUUUCGCACUUAUAUUAGAGAUGGCUUAGCUCAGAUGGAGAAGAAUGCUGCAGCAGGAAGGACUCCUUCUAGUUUGCCGAUUUCAACCCCUCCCCCUGCUUCUCUUACUGUUUCAUCACCUGAAUUUGCCCCUCUUUCCCCAGUACAUACAAACUCUUUAAAUGAUUCUAAAUCAUUAGGUGGAAAAUCUGAACCAAAAAAUUUGAAUUUGCCACCAUAUACUGAAGAUAACAGGGCUGGUACUGCCAUAAAUACGAGAGUUCUUGCCCCUGAAAAUGCAUCGGCAGACCAAAGAAAUGAAAGAUUUAUAAGUGGGGUAACCGGUGGCAAAUUGGACACGAUCAGAGAAAGGAUGAAGACUAUGCAGCUAGCGGCAGCUGCUGGGAACAUUGAUUAUGGAGCACGGUCUUUGAUGUCUGUAAAUGAAAGCAUAAAUCUUGGACUUUCUACUCAGACUCGUGCAUUUGAUCAUCCUGGUAUUGAGAAUCCUCCACAAGAAGGCAUACUUCCAAUGGAUGAGAAGGCGUUGUCUGGGCUUCAAGCGCGGAUGGAGAGACUAAAAAGUGGAGCACUUGAACCUCUUUAAAAGCGAAAUAAAAACAAUCUUUUUAUGAAUUUUUCUUUAACUUGCCAUCAAAAGCCAUUCUUGUAAAAGGAAGGGAAUUAUGUAGUGCAACACAAACACAGUGCAGUUGCCAACAGAAAUGAUUAUGUAGUGUUUCACAUGCGGCGUCUGUGUAUGGUAUUCUCAUCCCUGCCCUUUUUUCUGAGGAAAUGCUUCUAGAUUUAAGUUAGCGUAGCCGUACAAAUUUUUUUUCGUCUAAUUUUGGAAAAUGCGAUUUUGGGUUUUGUGAAUUAUGUUUGACAUUAGCAUUCAGUCACAGGCAUUUGAUAAGAGUAAAAUUUUGUUGCGAAAGUUUGAUGGAUGUAAUGUAACGUUGGCUUAAGAAUGAUGAUAUUUAAUUGACAUUUGAUUUACUCAUAAAUUGCAAUUAAAUCCAA